UUGUAAUGUUCCAAUGAGUCUAUAUAAGAUCUCACUCAGAUGUUACUCAAAGGGAGAUACAUGCCAGCACUUUCUUCUGCUUUCUGAUUAUUCCCUUCCCCACAUCUAAGCACUACUCACCCUCUUCUCAUUCUGACAAUAUUUUCCAUUUCUGUUUGCUUCAAUCAUAUAUAUAUUCCUUCUUUUGAAGUUCUCUAUUUCUAUUUAUAACCAAAAUGUGGCUUCUUUUGGUUGGAGCUAUUGUUGUUUUAAGUUUUACACACUGGCUUUAUAGCUGGAGAAAUCCCAAAUGUAAUGGAAAACUUCCACCAGGUUCAAUGGGUUUCCCUCUACUUGGUGAAACCUUGCAGUUCUUUGCUCCCAAUACCUCCUCUGAUAUUCCUCCUUUCAUCAGAAGGAGAAUGGAUAGGUAUGGACCGAUAUUCAGAACUAGUUUGGUGGGAAGGUCGUUGAUUGUCUCAACAGACCCCGACUUGAAUUACUUUAUCUUCCAACAAGAGGGACAAUUGUUCCAGAGCUGGUAUCCAGAUACCUUCACAGAGAUAUUUGGAAGACAAAAUGUUGGUUCAUUGCACGGUUUCAUGUAUAAAUAUCUUAAGAACAUGGUUCUUCAUCUUUUUGGAUCUGAAACUCUGAGAAAGAUGGUUCCUGAGGUUGAGGCUGUAGCAACCAGAAGAUUGAGACAAUGGUCAUCUCAUAACUCAGUUGAAUUGAAGGAUGAGACUGCAAGUAUGAUUUUUGAUUUGACUGCAAAGAAGCUGAUUAGUUAUGAUUCAGAAAAUUCUUCGGAGAAUUUGAGGGAGAAUUUUGUUGCAUUUAUACAGGGGUUGAUCUCCUUCCCUCUAGAUGUUCCUGGAACCGCUUAUCACAAAUGCUUACAGGGCAGGAAAAGAGCGAUGAGGAUGCUGAAAAACAUGUUACAAGAAAGGCGGGCAAAUCCAAGGAAACAACAAAUAGAUUUUUUCGAUUUCGUCCUCGAAGAACUGGAGAAAGAUGGAACUCUUCUCACCGAGGAAAUUGCUUUGGACCUUAUGUUUGUGCUACUUUUUGCAAGCUUCGAAACUACUUCCCUUGCUAUAACUGCAGCCAUUAAAUUUCUCCUUAACAACCCUCAUGUGCUGGAGGAGUUGACGGCAGAGCAUGAUGGAAUUUUGAAGGGAAGGGAAACUGCAGAUUCUGGGCUUACGUGGGCAGAAUACAAAUCCAUGACAUUCACAUUUCAGUUCAUCAAUGAAACUGUGAGACUGGCAAAUAUAGUUCCAGGAAUCUUUCGAAAAGCUCUGAGAGAUAUCCAGUUUAAGGGAUAUACCAUUCCAGCAGGGUGGGCUGUUAUGGUCUGCCCUCCGGCCGUGCACUUAAAUCCGCAAAAGUACACUGACCCCCUUGAAUUUAACCCAUGGCGAUGGGAGAAAUCUGAACUGAAUGGAGCAUCUAAACAUUUCAUGGCUUUUGGUGGAGGCAUGAGAUUCUGUGUUGGUACAGAUUUUACCAAAGUGCAGAUGGCUGUGUUUCUCCAUUGCCUGGUUACAAAGUACAGGUUCAAAGCAAUCAAAGGAGGCAAUAUCGUCCGAACUCCCGGUUUACAGUUUCCCGAUGGCUAUCACGUUCAGAUCAUGGAGAAGUAAAAAGCCUUUCAGAAAAAGAUAAACAGUAGGCAAAGCAAGUCACUUGAAUGCAUGGAUUGAGCUUCAUUUUUGUGAGAGUUUCAUGCCUCUAUGAAAACCAGACCUAUCUUCAAGAUCCAAACAGAGAUAAUUUAUCAACAAAAGACGUCGAAACCGAAAGAAGCUGCAAAGCUAAACUUGGUUGGUUCCACAAACAAAUCACCAGUCUAUAAUCUUCACUCAGCAUCAUAGUUAGGUUUUCAUUUUCUUCAUCUUUGGCCUGAUAGUACAGUCAUAGAAGGGGAAAGAAAGUUAAACCCAUCCGUAACUAUAAGCUUCAUAUUGCAUCCCUUGUGUAAUGAUAACAUGAAAUUUACUUUCAUUUUGUGUAAUGAUAAAAGUUUGUUUUUGGUGUUAAAACACUAGUCAUACAAAGAAAUGUGAAU